CAGCAGACCACCACUUCGAAAUUCCCAGCAGACUCGUCUCUAUGCAGCGAUGUCCCCUCUCCCUCCUCCGGCUCCCUAGCUCCUUACGCUGCCACUAUGCCUCUCAAUUCCUCUCCUCAAUCCCAACCAGAGCCUUCACAACCUCCCUAGCUCGCCAUGCCCAACCUAGCAAACCCGUCUCCGACCUCGAAAGGCGCAUCAAAGCCAUACCCAUCGAGCGAUUCCGCAAUUUCUGCAUCGUAGCCCACGUUGACCACGGGAAAUCGACCCUCAGCGACCGCCUCCUCGAACUCACCGGCACAAUCCAACCCGGAGGCAACAAGCAGAUCCUCGACAAGUUAGACGUGGAGCGCGAACGCGGCAUUACCGUAAAAGCGCAAACAUGUUCAAUGCUCUACAACUACGAGGGCGAAGAUUACCUGCUGCAUCUUGUCGACACGCCCGGGCAUGUAGAUUUCCGGGCCGAGGUGUCGAGGAGCUAUGCGAGUUGUGGGGGAGCGCUGUUGCUGGUUGAUGCGAGUCAAGGUGUGCAGGCGCAGACUGUGGCGAAUUUCUAUUUGGCGUUCUCGCAGGGACUGGUUUUGGUGCCGGUUGUGAAUAAGAUUGAUUUACCCAGUGCGGAUAGUGAGAGGGCGUUAGAGCAGAUGCAGACUGCGUUUGAGUUGAAGCCUGAGAAUGCGGUGCUGGUUUCUGCGAAGACGGGUCUGUAUGUGGAGAAGAUUCUUCCGGGUGUUAUAAAACAGGUUCCGGCGCCAGUUGGGGACUUGAAUAAGCCGUUGAGGUUACUGUUGGUUGAUUCUUGGUAUGAUAAUUAUAAGGGAGUUAUUCUGUUGGUGAGGAUAUUUGAUGGGACGGUAAAAGCAGGAGAUCAAGUGGUGUCGUUUGCUACGGGCUUGAAAUACUUCGUAGGUGAGGUUGGGAUUAUGUAUCCUGAUCAGACGCCACAAAGUAGUUUGAGAGCUGGGCAGGUGGGGUAUAUCUACUUCAAUCCUGGUAUGAAGAAGAGCCAAGAAGCAUUGAGCGGAGACACGUAUACCACUGUUGGCUCUGAGCAUUUAGUUGAGCCGUAUCCUGGUUUCGAGGAGCCUAAAUCGAUGGUCUUUGUAUCGGCAUUUCCUGUUGAUCAAAGUGAUUUUGGACACCUGGAAGAUUCAAUCAACCAGAUUGUGCUGAACGACAGAAGUGUAACACUUCAGAAAGAGGCUUCAGAAGCAUUGGGAGCUGGGUGGAGGCUUGGAUUUCUUGGAACGUUACAUUGCUCUGUCUUUGAGGACAGGCUGCGACAAGAACACGGAGCCAGUAUCAUCAUCACACCUCCAACUGUGCCUUUUAGAGUGCUCUGGACUGACGGAAGAGAAGAGAUCAUUCAGUCUCCUACAAACUUCCCCGACACAGAUGUCCUGAGUCAAAGAAUAGCAGAGCUCCAAGAACCAUAUGUCUCGGCAACUAUCACUCUUCCAGAAGAAUAUCUCGGAAAAGUCAUCGAGCUCUGCGAAGCUAAUCGUGGCGAGCAAAAAGAGCUCAACUUCUUCACGGCCACGCAAGUCAUCCUGAAAUACGAUAUACCCCUAGCACAACUUGUAGACGACUUCUUCGGCAAGCUGAAAGGGGCCACAAAGGGCUACGCAAGUCUCGAUUACGAAGAUGCCGGCUUUCGACGCAGCAGCAUCGUCAAGAUGCAACUUCUCGUCAACAAAGAACCAGUCGAUGCAGUAGCUCGAGUGGUCCAUACAUCUCAAGUUGACCGUAUCGGCAGACAAUGGGUCAAGAAGUUCAAAGAACACGUCGACAGACAAAUGUUCGAGGUUAUCAUCCAAGCAGCAGCAGGAAAGCGGAUCGUUGCACGAGAAACGAUCAAGCCGUUUAGGAAAGAUGUGUUGGCCAAAUUACAUGCCUCGGAUAUCAGUCGAAGGAGGAAACUACUUGAGAAGCAGAAGGAGGGAAGGAAGAAGUUGAAGGCCGUGGGAAACAUUACGAUUGAUCAUAAAGCGUUCCAAAAGUUCUUAGCUAAGUAGAUGGGAACUAGACGGGAUGUUUGUAGGUAUAUUGUACAUUAUGUAUAAAGAUCCAGCCUCUUGUAUUCAUCUUCUACUCGUGUUGAUUUGUG